CAUAGUUUCAUUCAUUAUUUCUCUUAUUUACUUUUCCAUAAUCAUGUCAAUCAUAAACACUCAUGCUGCACUUGUUUGUCCACCAGGCUUGGGUCACAUCAUCCCUUUUCUUGAACUUGCCAAAAAACUUGUGUCACACAAGAAAAUUACCAAACUUACUAUGUUCCUAUCUUCAACCAAGAACAACUCUUGUAAGCCUCAAAUAGCAACAAAUAUUAUUCAAUCAUUAAUGAAGCCUGACCUCUUUAACAUCAUUCAUGUCAUUCAUCUCCCACCUAUUGAUGUUCCUACUAAUACAAACACAGGAACAAAGCUAGCAAUCAUAAUGAGAGAAUUAAUCCCACAUCUUUGUCAUGAAAUCUCCACUAUGACAUCACCAAAACCAACAAUGCUCAUCACAGAGCUAUUUGGAUCACUAGUGAUGCCUAUUGCUGAAAAAUUCAACAUGUCAAAGUUUGUUUUUUUUAGUUUUAGUGCAUGGAAUGUUGCACUUGCACUUCACACCCCAACAUUAGAUGAAGUAGUGGAAGGUGAGUACACAGAUCAAAAGGAGUGUAUCCAAAUUCCUGGUUGCAACCCCAUAAGACCUUGUGAUUUGUUCACACCAAUGCUUGAUAGGAAUGAUCAAUUGUAUCAUGAAUAUCUCCAAAUUUGUGAGCAAAUAAGAAAGGUUGAUGGGAUUUUUGUGAACACUUUUGAUGAGCUAGAGGCUAAGACAAUUGUAGCACUAAGAAGUGGAAAAAUAUCUAAGAUACCAGUUUAUCCAAUUGGGCCAUUGAUUAGGGAAGCUAAGAAGCAAAAUUGUGAUGAUGAAAAUAGAAAUUAUGUUAUUGAUUGGUUAGACAAGCAAGAAGAAGAGUCAGUGAUAUAUGUAUCAUUUGGUAGUGGAUAUACAAUAUCACAUGAACAAGUCAAAGAGAUGGCUUUGGGGUUGGAGCUAAGUGGGAAGAAAUUUGUUUGGUCUUUAACACCACCGUCCACAAAAGCUGGGGAUGAUCAUUAUCUCACGGCAGGCGAGGAUGUCGAAUCGAAUGGCGUCCCUAAAUCUCAAGCAUCAGUCAGUGUUUUCCCAGAUGAAUUCUACAGGAUGGAAGGCAAGGGAUUGAUGGUAAUGGAUUGGGCACCACAACUGGAGAUUUUGAAGCAUUCAUCAACUGGAGGGUUUUUGUCACAUUGUGGAUGGAACUCAAUACUAGAGAGUGUGUCAUGUGGGGUUCCAAUUGUGGCGUGGCCUCUAUUUGCAGAUCAAAUGAUGAAUGCUGAAAUUAUAGCUAAAGAUAUUGGAAUUGGAGUUAGAUUGAAUGUGACACAAUCUGCAAAUGUAGUUGGAAGUGAAGAGAUAGCAAAAACUAUAUGUAAGAUAAUGGAUAAGGAGGACAUUGAAGGUUGUGCAACGAGGAAAAGGGUUAAGGAGCUUAAGAACAUAGCAGAAAAAGCUUGGUCUCAAUAUGGUCCUUCCUUUUGUGAAAUGACAAAUUCAUUUGUGAAAAUAAGUCAGACACAUGGGAUUUUCAUUUUAUCUUUUACUUUCACAUCCAUGGCCCUCUCAAACUCUCAUCAUCAUCAUCAUCAUGUUGCACUCUUUUCUUCACCAGGAAUGGGUCACAUAAUCCCAAUUCUUGAACUUGCCAAACACCUUCUCACACACCAAAAAAUCACUAUUACCAAAAUAACCUUAUUCAUUCCUUCAAUCAAUUCAUCAUCAUCCAAAGCUGAGAAAGAUGUUCUCCAAUCAACCAUAAAUCAAAACAUUUCAAUUGACAUAAUCCACCUUCCCCCAAUUGACAUAUCCAACCAUAUUAGUAAUAACGUUCUUGAUCCUAAUAAUAUUGUAACCUUAGAGACCAAGAUAGCAAUCACAAUGCAUGAAGCACCAAAACUCUUUGUAAGUGCAAUUUCCAACAUGAAAUUCAAACCAACCAUGAUUAUCACCGAUUAUUUCCUAAGCCAAACUCUUCCUCUAGUGAAGAAAAUGAACAAUAUGGAAGUUCCUAUGUACCUUUUUGCCCCAACAAGUGCAUGGCUUGUUGCACUUGGUUUUCACUCACCAAAGUUAGAUAAAGAGGUAGAAGAAGGAGAAUAUCAUAGCCAUGGAGAGACACCAAUAUUAAUCCCAGGUUGCAAAGGUAUACAUCCUAGUGAUUUGUUCCAGAUGAUGGAGGACAGAACACAUAGGUUGUAUCUUGAGUAUCUUCUCAUGUGUGAGGCGUUAACAUUGGCUGAUGGGAUUUUUGUUAACACAUUUGAAGAGUUAGAGCCUAAGACACUUGAAGCACUAAGAAGUGGAAAAAUAACAAAGGUACCCAUUUUCCCAAUUGGGCCAGUGAUAAGGGAAACUAAUAAACAAAAUAGAAAUCAUGUUGUUGAUUGGUUAGACAUUCAAGAAGAAGAGUCAGUGAUAUAUGUUUCACUUGGAAGUGGAUACUCAAUGUCACAUGAACAAAUCAAAGAGAUGGCUAUGGGGUUGGAGCUAAGUGGUCAAAAAUUUGUUUGGUCUUUGAGGCCACCAUCCACAAAAACUGGGAAUAAUAACUAUUAUCUCACAGCAGGUGAGGAUGCUGAAACAAAUAAAAAAUGCCACUCCUCAGUGCAAGAGGCUUCAACUCAGAUGGAUAUUGAAAAGAUAAAUGUAGACGACCUUAUUCUUAAAAGCGAAAAUAGCAAAACAAAUGGUGCUACUAAAUCCCAACAACCAAGCGAUUUUCCAGAAGAAUUCUAUAGAAUACAAAGCAAUGGGAUUGUUGUAAUGGAUUGGGCACCACAAUUAGAGAUUUUAAAUCACGCAUCAAUUGGAGGGUUUGUGUCACAUUGUGGAUGGAACUCAAUCAUAGAGAGUGUUUCAUGUGGUGUUCCAAUCAUUGGUUGGCCACUAUUUGCUGAGCAAAGGAUGAAUGCAUCAAUGCUACAAGAUGAAGAAGUUGGCAUUGCAAUUAGAUUGAAUGUGUCAAUGUCUACAAAGAUUGUGGGAAGUGAAGAGAUAGGAAAAGCUAUAAGGAAGAUAAUGGAUAAAGGGGAUAUUGAAGGGUGUGCAAUUAGGAAAAGGGUCAAGGAGCUCAAACACAUAGCUCAAAAAGCUUGGUCUCAUCAUCAUGGUUCCUCUUAUUUUGCACUUUCAAGAAUCGUUAACUCAAAUGGUGUGUCAUAAUUACUCAUUGGAUAUUGGACAAGAAAUCUUUCUUGGUAAACCAAACUUAUGUAUUUUGGAAUAAAGAAACUGUAGACAAUCCUAUGAUAUUGUUUACUUUACCAAACAAUAUUAAUAGACAAAAUAAAAAUUGAGGCAUUUUUCAUAAA